GUAAACUGCCGCUUUUAAACUUCCGCGUCUAUGUCGGGUUAUAUUUUGGUAUAAACACGCUAGCUUAUGCUACGACUUAUUUCUUGAAUAAUAUACAUAUAUUCAGAUAGAUUAUUCAGCUGAUUCGGAUAUAAAGAUGAACAGUUCAAACAAAUCACUUAUAGGUAUAUUUAUAAUCUUGAUAACAACCGAUUCCUGCGUCUCUGCGUCGAGUUGUAUCGCAAACUGCGCAUCAUGUUCAAAUUCAACCGUAUGCACAUCAUGUGACUCGGGAUACUAUUUACGGUCAGCUGAGGAAUGUAGAGCGUGCACGUACGUAGGAACGAACUGUGUUACAUGCAGUAAUGAAACGCAUUGUAACGAAUGUAAGCAAGGCAAGUGGAGCACCAAUUGCCAAUCAUUUUGUUCUGACGGUUGUAACACAGAAACGUGUAACUCAUUAGAUGGAACAUGUACUUGUAAACAAGGUUUUUAUGGACCUAUAUGCCAACUCCAGUGUUCGGAAAACUGCCUAACUGACACAUGUGGGGUUAACGGUGAAUGUGAGUGCAAAGACGGCUAUUAUGGAAAUCAGUGUACUGGAAUCUGCUUUGUUGAUUGUGAAAAAUGCUCUAAUGGCACAGCUUGUACAGUGUGCCCAACUGGAAAAUAUGGAACACUUUGUGGAAUGCAGUGUGAAUGCGAUGGAAGAUGCGAUAUUCUCACUGGUGAUUGUAUAAAUGAAAUGUGUCCUGAAACGUGUUCAUCAUGUAAUGAACUUGAUCAGUGCAACGAGUGCACUUUUGAUUGGUAUGGCGCAAGAUGUAACAAUACUUGUUCAGAUAAAUGUAAUAGGGGUUGUGAGCAACAUUCUGGACAUUGCAAUGCAUGCUAUACUGGCUAUUUUGGAACAACAUGUGAUAUGCUAUGCACUCAAUGCCAUGGUGGUAACUGCAAUCAAGAGGGGGAGUGUAUGUUGUGUGAAGAUGGAAAUUAUGGACCAUUCUGUAAUAAAACCUGUUCUGAGGAUUGUGGUGGCAAUACCUGUAACAAGAUAGAUGGAUCGUGUCAACAUCAGGUUCAGUGUCCAGGGAACUGUGUCACUUGUACGGACAGAGUAACUUGCACUAAAUGCAAUGUUUAUUAUUACGGUUAUCUUUGUGCGUCAGUUUGUAACAGUACGUGCGAAAGUGGCCGUUGUGAAAUAGAAUCUGGUCGUUGUGAGAAUUGCAAGCCAUCAUAUUAUGGGAACUUUUGCGAAAACAAUUGUAGCCAUGCUUGUUCAAGACAUGGCUGUGAAAAGGAAACAGGAUUGUGUAAUGGGUGUAUGAAAGGAACUGUUCGUGGACCGUUUUGUAAUAUAACUUGCAGCAAUUACUGUACAGAUGGGCAAUGUUCACAAGAAAAGGGCUAUUGCUCAAAUGGUUGUAUCCCUAAUCAUUAUGGUUCAAUGUGUGACAGCAUUUGCUCCGAGAACUGUGUAAAUACGACAACAGAAUCAAAAUGUGACUCUACUGGAAAGUGUUUUAGUGGAUGUCUUGACGGUUUUAUAGGCGAUACGUGUACGAAAGUAAAAGGGACAAAUGCCGAUAACAGGAAAAGUGAUGCAAAGGUGUCGGCUGCUGCUAUUGGAGGAGCAGUUGCAGGGAUGUUGGUGUUUGUUGUGAUCAUCGUUCUAAUUGUCGUCGUCCUGAAAAGAAGAAACAGUAAGCCCUAUGAAGAUCAAAGUGACGAAAGUGAUCAUGGGUACCACACAAUAGAGCCAUUGCAUGGAGUGAAUCAAGUUUCCAUGAUAGCAGCAACCGCAGUUUCGUUGGGAACAACAAACGUUAGUUUCAACCAUGUAUCGGAUACAAUAAUGCUCGGUGGUAGCUUAGAAACAGCAACGGACGAUGGUGAUCUUGAAAUUGAUUUGGACGAAGCGAGGAGAACACAGAAAAGGAAACUGGUCAAGAGGGUUGAGGAGAACGUUUACUACAUCGGGAUACAUGAUAUAGAGAAACGGAAAGUGAAAGUCGAGGAACUGGCGGUUUUUGUAGCUGGAACGACUCCGGAUUACUAUGAGGAGGAAUUCGAUAAAUUCUCUGACGGCCUCACAAGGAGCUGUGACGCUGCCAGAUUACCUCAAAACAAGGCAAAAAACAGAUACAAGGGAUUAUAUGCAUAUGAUGCAACAAGGGUGAAAGUGACUGGUUUUGAUACUGAUUACAUCAAUGCUAACUACAUCGAUGGUUUCAAUGAGAGAAAUGCGUACAUUGCUUCGCUUGGUCCAAUGUCGAAACAGAUGGGAGACUUUGGCAUGUUCUGGAAUAUGAUUUGGCAACAGAAUGUGGAGAAGAUCGUCAUGGUUACCAACCUGAUGGAAGAAGGGAAGGAGAAAUGCGAGCAGUACUGGCCUCGUGUUGGGACCACUAAAGACUACAGCGGGGUGAAGGUCACCUGUCAGAGCGAGGAUGAGUAUGCAGAGUUCACGAGAAGGUUGCUGCUCCUAAAUGAUGGCGAAUCGGAGAGGCAGCUGCACCACCUCCACUUUACGGCUUGGCCUGAUAGGGGAAUCCCAGAGGACGUCACGGCGCUGAUUGAGUUCCGACAUAGAGUGCUCAAUUCUACUGCUCAUCUCGACGGUCCAACGCUGGUUCAUUGCAGUGCGGGAAUCGGUCGAACAGGGACCUAUAUUGCGUUAGAUAUUCUAACAAAGGAAGGAAAUUCGAACAAGGCCGUUGAGAUUCCAGGAUGCAUCAUCAAUAUGAGACAGAACAGGCCAAACAUGGUCCAGACAGCGGAACAGUACGAGUUUCUACACCUUGCCCUGGUUCACACCCUGACAUUUAACUGUGAGCAGGUACCAGGAAAACAGUUUCAGGACUACAUGAUCGAGACAAGCAAGGGCGAUCUUAUCAGGCAGUUUAAGAAAAUUACAGACUCUCCCCAUGUUCACACUGACGACGAAAUCCUUGCUAUAGAACGAAACAAGUCUGAGAAAGGAAAGAACAGAAGUGGAGCAGAUAUUCCAGGCGAUGAAUACCGCCCUCGACUUUAUCUGGGAAUAAGACAUGGAGAUUCAGACUAUGUCAACGCUGUCUUUGUUCAUGCGUUUCAGGCGAAACGGAAAUACAUCGUCGCCCAGUCUCCGAUGCCAAAUACUGUUCAGGAUUUCCUUACUUUGGCAUACCAAGAACAUUGCUCCUGCAUUGUCAGCUUUGAGCAAAGCGACGGAAAAAAAGAUAUAGGUGAAUAUUAUCCAGCGGACAAUCAAGAACUCAAGAAAGGUCAACUGUCUAUUUCAUGUGGGAGGGAUAAAGUCAAGAACGAGUACAGUAUCCAGAAAUGGCUAACUAUUGAGUUCAAGGGAAGCACACAGAGUAAAGGUGGCAAAAGCACAUUGCGACACUUUGAGUUUACAGACUGGAACCAGACUGGAAAUGUUCCACGCAGCCCUGCUUACUAUGUUGCAUUUCUGAGAGAUGUCAAAAUGGCAUCAUCCAAUGGGCCUGUGCUUGUUCACUGCAGGGAUGGAGGUAGUAGGAGCGGGCUGUUCUGUGUAAUGGCAUUCCUCUUGGAGAAGAUGGAAGUAGAGCACGAGGUCAAUGUGGUUAACGCCGUAAGGAAGGUCAAGGCCAGGAGACCCAACGCCGUACCCACUCAGGCACAGUUCGACCUCUGCCAUGAUGGUCUUCUGGAGUUCGUCCGUUUGUUUAAAACAUACUCCAAUUAGGCGGAGCUGUAAAAUGUGCCUUUGAAAACAAUACUUAACUAUCUUGACUGCUUAUUCUGUCGUCACUUUGAUGUUUAUUUUUGUUUGUUAUAAAUUGCAUACCAUUAUGAAAGGUACGGGAACGUUCAAGUUUAGCAGUUUCCACGAUAACAAUUUAAACCAAGUUCAUACAGCCAACACAAUAACUUUAUGGCUUUACUUAGAAUUUACUAUUCCAACAUUAAGUUCGGCCCCCACUUAUACCUGAACCUAAAUGUUUUUUAUUAACCCUGGACAAAUGGGGACAGCUGAAAUGGUUUAUACUCAAACAAUACUUCUGUGAACAUACUUUCUGCAUAUCUAAUUAUAUAUAUACGUAUAUAAGCUUCUACUAUGUUGAACUUAUGUAAAAUCAAACAAAUUGCUUCGUUUGUAUAACAUAUGAACGUUUCGUAUUUGAAUUGUGUUUAGCUGUAGUUAUGCUUCUACCAGUUCAGCUUUAUCUGUUACUUCGUUCACAAAUGAGUUAUAUUCAUAAACACGCUCCUGCAUGCAUCAGCCUUAUGCUAAUUCUAUAAAACUAAUCGUGUUGUCUUAGUGUGUUACUUAAUACAAUGUUUAAGAACUUCUGCAACAUGUUGAUGGGUUUAUUCGUAAAUUAGAACAUGAUAAACUGUGUAUAUAUUGAAGAUUUGUGAUACUUUUCUAUCGUCGUUCACAACUACCCAGGACGUGCACACUUUCCGCACAUGGGAAUAAUAAUACGUAAUGUUAAAUCUGAAUGUCUACAAACUGCUGCUUUGUUUCGACUUUUUCUAUAAAUGAAAUAUAGCCUUGCGGUAAAAAUGCUUUGAAUGAGUGUUGUACUAAAUAAAAAGCUGAAUAUUUGGA